UUCAGAAGGUUUUUAAAGAAAAAUAGUCGGAACUCAUGUUGACACGACUGAAUUUCAUCUCGAGAAGAUUUAGUAAAGCCGCUCACAAACUCCUUUUCGACAUGGAGAAGGCUUAUUUCAAGAAAGCACCCGAUAAUCGUUGCAACAUCACGUUUCGCUACACGAACGACGUUCACAAAAUCGACCGCGUAUUCAACUUUUCGCGAGACAUCAACGAAAAGGUCGUCGUUGCGCUCGAUCGGAUCAAAGUAAAUGUCGAAAAAGAGCUCAACAAGAAGCUGAACAAGCAGAAAAACAAAAAGAAGGCAAAACCGGAGGAGCUGAAGGAACUUCCUCCUCCCAUUGAUGUAGAAGUCACUCUUUUAAGGAAUCAAGAAGCCCUGAAAGAUGUUGCCUUUAGUGAAUUACUGUCUUUUGAGGAUAUCAAUUCGGAGAGUUUGUAUUCACUUAAGAUACUUGAAAACAACUACAACGUCGUCUUUAAUUGCCCUUGGGUGACUGAAGUUAAAAUGCCGACGUCGAUUUUGGCGAAUUAUUUCGUUUAUCCGUCGCGACUUUUGCUCGAAUAUGCUGACACGGACAAAUCUGAGAUCAUUUGGUACAAAGGACUUCCAAAAGACGACGAAGAAAAAAUUGAAUGGCAACAAAUUGGCACCGGAUUCACUUAUUUGGCAACUUCAGCGGAUAUUGGGUACAAACUAAAAGUAGUUGUUGUCCCGAAAAAUGCCGAAAGAGAAGGUCCCGCUGCAGAAGCGAUCUCAAAAUGUGAAGUUCAAGCCGAUCCAGGUUCAUGUCCCUUUGAUACGAGGCAUCUUUUCACGCAGGAUCGAUGUUCGGGCACAAAAUUCCGUGUUGUUUCAUAUAAUUUACUCGCUGAUCUGUACGCGGAUUCAGAAACUGCUAAAAAGGAGCUUUUCCCGUACUGUCCUGAAUACGCGCUGAACAUCGAUUACAGGAAACAACUUUUUAUGAAGGAGCUCAUUGGAUACAAUGCUGAUUUAAUGUGCACCCAAGAGACGGAUGACAAAAUUUUCGAUCUGGAUUUGAAGCCGGUGUUCGCUAAUCGUGGCAUGGAUGGGACUUUUCAAGCGAAAGGCGUUACGCGAGAAGGUUUGGCGACGUUUUGGAACAAAAAUCGAUUCGAACUCGUGGAGAAGCAUGGCAUGAACAUCGGUGAAAAAGUUGAAAAACUUCCUGAAUUUGCUCACAUUUGGGACAACGUUAAAACGAAUAAAGCUCUUUGGACUCGUCUUGUUGAACGAUCGACUGCUCUUCAAGUCACCUUACUUCGUGUCAAAGACUCCAACAAGCUGCUUUUAGUUGCGAAUACUCAUCUUUACUUCCAUCCAGAUGCGGAUCACAUUCGUCUCCUACAAAUCGGAUUAUCGAUGUUGUUCAUAGAAAACUAUCGGAAAGAGCUAAAAACGAGAUUCCCAAAUGAUCAAAUCGCUCUCGUGUUUUGUGGGGACUUCAACAGCGUUCCUGAAUGCGGAAUCUACAAACUUAUGACGGAGAAAUUCGUGCCGCAAGAUUUUAUCGACUGGAAUAGCAACGAAGAGCAAGCUGUAAAAGGCUUGGAGCUGCGACAACCGUUCGACAUGAAGUCAGCUUAUUCGCCUGAACUCGCAUUUACGAAUUUUACGCCACAUUUUACGGCAACUCUUGACUACAUCUUCUACGAAAGCGACAAAUUGGAAGUAAAUGAAGUGAUUCCGACGCCAAGUGCUGAAGAACUUCAUCCGCAUGUCGCAAUUCCGAGUAUUGUGUGCCCGUCGGAUCAUGUUGCUCUCGUUGCGAAUCUAGAUUGGAAGUAAAAUUAGUUAAAAAAAAUUGUAAAAAAAAUAAAAAUUUAAAUUU